CAAUUUUCUCGAUGCAUAAUGCAUUAUGCAGCAAUACUUUGGAUGCAUAUCAGGUUAUGCAUCCAUUUUCUUGACUGCGUAACUAUUUAUGCAUCUACGACAAGUUAUGUAGCCACUGUUUUGGUUGAUUUUAGUGGAUACAGAAAAAAUUGAUGCAUAAUGCAUUAUGCAGCCAUAUUUUUGGAUGCAUAUCAGGUUAUGCAGCUAUCAGGUUAUGCAGCUAUUUUCUUGAUGCAUGAAAGAUUAUGCAGACAUUUUCUCGACUGCAUGACAUGCUAUGCAUAACUAGCCACCAACUUCACAGCUCCCCAUUUAUAUCUCGGCAAAAAUCAGACUCUUCAAUCUCGGACAACAAGCACACCCUCAUAUCCAUUGCUGCAGAUGUAAAAUCAACAUCGAAAUGCCAGAAUUCCAUGUUGCUGCUUCUCAGUUUCCUGAGCUUGCCUUAACCCAUCUGAUUCUCGACCGACGACCUAUUCAAUCACCACCACUGACUGCAUAAAUUCUGGUCACAUCACAACUUAUCCCUCUAAACAUCAACCAAUUCCAGACAACAUCCCAAACACUAAACACCAAUUAUCUUUGUAUCUCAAGACAAUUCAGCUACAACCAAUUUCAUUUAACACCCAUCUCAGACCUUUUUAGUUGUCAACUAUAUAAACUCAAUCAACAAGAAUAAAUAACUUAAUUAAUCAAUUGAGAAGAACAUUUACCUCAAAAUGAUUCGACUCAAGAAACUAAAGUUAGACUCUUCUUCUUAUUCUAACUUGAUUCGGUAAUUAAAACCAACCCUCCUUCACUUUGAAUCAAUUCAACUAAUUAUCUCAGCAAACCUCAACAUCACCACCAGUAAUUCAACUUGUUUUUUUGCUUCUUUAGAACAUCUUUUCUUCCGAAAACUCAUUUCUUGUUCAUCGCCGGCAAAUUACCACAUCUGCAGUUCCAAUUCCACCAUUUGAGGUUCAUAAGAAAUCUCUAAACAAACCCCAAAUUACUGAUUUCUCUAUUCCUCACCUGAAACCUAAUUUCAUCUAAAAUUCUUCUUGAAUUUGUCUUUCAGAAACCCUAACUAACUGACUAUCCAAAUCGCUGAUUCUUCCUUCAGUUUCAUAACCAAUCCUCACAAACCCUUAUAUUCAUCUCUAGUUACUUCAAAUCAAACCUUCAUCAACUCACAGAAACCCCACUUCUGGUUGAUUCUUCGAUUCAUUUUCAGAAACAACUUCAUAACACCAACACAUCAUCAACCCAUUCGAUCUUCGUCCAUUACCAACUAGAAAUCAUCAUUAUCAGUUCCAUGUGAAUCUAACUUCAAAUAGAAAAACCUAACUCUUAAAUUCAUCAUCAGAACAACUUCAAUACAACAGUUCAUCCACAACCCUCGUUUCCUUCAUCUAUCCACGUCUCACUUAACCCAUCAAUUCACUUAUAAACUCGCAUUCAUUCUCAAACUCUAAUUCAAAUCUCUGUUUUACCUUUCCUGUUGGGUUUAAUUUCACCAGAUCGACCAACACCACCCCCAUCAGUUAACCUUCGAUCUCGACAAGCUUUAUAUCAACUCAAAAUGAUGAACUAAUUCUCGGAAUCAUGAACAUAAGAAGAACACGAGAGGGACGGAAGAAGAAGAAAGAGAAUAAAAGAGAAUCAAACAGAAAUCUGAUAAAACCUAAUUUCCUAAAUUAUGGGCUUCUGUGAAAUUUUCACCCAACAAUUGGAUGCGCGCCUGAGAUUUCAUGAAGUUUUCACUUUAAUUAAUUGAGGGUGCGAAAAAACUGAAAAAUGGGUGUGGUGGUGGUUUUCACUUUAAUUAAUUCUGGAAAAUACAGUGACACUUUCUUAAAUCGGAAAUUGGAAGUGUGGCAUUUUCUUAAAAUUCUCAUUGGAUAAUGAUUCCCACACUUACCAUGAGGACGGGUGGAAGAAGGGGAAUAGAAAAUGUGUUAGCUAGAGAUGGCAAAGAAGAAGAUUAUGAAAUUACAGAGCUAGCAGAGAAAGCAAACAAAACCUGCCUAGGUGACUCUUGCGGCGAGGCUGAUCAGGAUGAAAUUCAUGUUGGAGGGGAAUUAGAAGAAGUAGAACGACCGCCUUGGACCAUUCUUAGUAAUGACAUUGUGGAGUUGAUAGCUAGUUACCUAAAUCCAAAGGAUUACGCACAAUUUCGUUCCGUGUGUAGAAGAAAUCGCUCAAUAUUUCCUGAAGUUUACCCGCCAAGGGCAAUUUUGUUCCCUUUGUUGGUUUUCCACUCGUUUGAAGAUAAUACUGGCACCAUCUACAAUUUUGUUGAUCCAAUGCGUAAUGAGAAAUACUCCAUGAAGAAGAAUCUCUCGGAAUUGCUAGCUGGUGCUACAAUCCGUUAUUCGAAGUAUGGUUGGCUGUUACUAGUGUCGCAAGACAUGAAAACUCCAUUCUUCUACAAUCCCUUUACAAAAGUGAUGAUCCGACUUCCUGAUUUUCCUGAUACCAAAUGCAGGUUAUACUUGAGUGGUAUGUCAUUCUCAUCUAAACCUACUUCUCCAGACUGUGUGGUUUUUGCUAUCGAGCAGCCUCAUCUCGGUAUUCCAUUCUCAAUCUACGCCCUUAAAAGAGGAAGUUGUGAUCGGAGGUCUCAUGUGUUUCAUGGUUUUAUUCUGCCAUGUUUCAACAAUCCAGUGUUCUUCCAGGGUGAUUUCGUGUGCCUAGAUUACACUGGAACUUUAGGACGUUGUGUUUUAAAUGAUGAAGACAACAACGAUGGACUGGAUUGGGGAGUUGACAGUAAACCCUCAAAACAGUUCAAUGAAACAUCCUCCAGUUACUUGGUAGAAUGUAAUGGAAAUCUUUUAUUAGUGAAUGUUGGGCCCCUCGGGGAAACGGUUGGAGUGUAUAGUUUGGAUUUGGCGGCGAAGGUCUGGGUUGAAGUUAAAAAUUUGGGGAAGCAUAUGUUGUUCAUCAGCAAUACCUCUAGCUUCUCAGCAGUUGCUCCUCCAAAUAGUCGAAUGGAGAAUAAAGUCUACUUCCCUAGAUUACACAAAGAUGGAAGAGGUUUAUUAUUUUAUUCUCUUGACACAGGUAUGUAUCAUUACUCUUCUCGUGGGAGCCGUGCAGAAGAAAAUCAUAUUGACGUUGUUACAGACUUCUAUGAUACUAAGGAGAUGACCAGCAGCAGUUGGAUUGAACCCGACUGGUCACAAAGCACUACAACUGCCGAACCAAAUCACUUUUAUCGGUCGGCUUAAUUAGCUACAACAUAAAGAAAACAAUGUAACAUUUUAGU